UCCAUGCCCCUCUUCUCUGAACAGGACAACCCUGCCUCCUUCUCACCACACCUGCUCACCAGGAUUUUGACCUAUUCUUACCUACUGUCUUUCAAUGCUUGGCUGCUGCUGGCCCCCGUCAUGCUGUGUUACGACUGGCAGGUGGGCAGCAUUCCCCUGGUGGAGUCCCUGUGUGACAUGCGCCUCGGGGCCACCGCGCUGCUGGCCGUCGUGAUGGUUGCUCUAAUCCUCCACUGCGUCUUCUCACUGCAGAGACAGGAGAGCAGACAGGUGUUGGUUGGAAUGUUGUUUCUGGUCUUCCCCUUCAUUCCUGCCAGUAACCUUUUCUUCAGGGUGGGAUUUGUUGUAGCGGAGAGGGUUCUCUACAUGCCAAGUAUGGGUUAUUGUAUCCUGGUGGCUCAUGGCCUAGGUCGACUUUGUUCGGCGGUGGGCCGUUGGGGAACCACAGUCCUCAGUGUCUCCAUGCUGCUGCUUCUCCUGCUCUUCUCCUGGAAGACCGUCCAGCAGAACCAUGUCUGGCUCUCCAGGGAGGCGCUCUUCCGCUCUGGUAUCCAGACUCUGCCACACAAUGCCAAAGUCCAUUACAACUACGCCAACUUCCUGAAAGACAGCGGCCGGCACCAGGAGGCCAUUCACCACUACACCACUGCUCUCAGGUUAUUCCCUCGCCAUGCCAGUGCCAUGAACAAUCUCGGCACUCUGACACGCGACCCAGAGGAGGCUGAGCGCUAUUACAGGAAGGCACUGGACACCAACCCCCAGCAUAAUCGAGCUCUCUUUAACCUGGGAAACCUCCUUAA